AUAGAAUUGUGAAAUAUUAUCUAAUAAACACGUGUCUGCAGUCGGUGUGUGUGUGCUUGGCGUGUUCCUGUUCCGUUGUGAAGCAAAGCAGCCCCCAGAACUUGCGAGCCCCCGGAUCAGCAUUGAGAAUCCAACAGUUAUUAAAUUGGUUUCGAUAUUAAUGCGUGACGCGUUCUAUUUUUUUUAAAAAGCCAACGCAAAAUUUUUAAGGCAACACAUUCACUCACACAUUUCGAUUGGAGACCCCAAAAGUAUUGUAACGCAAAUAGACAAAACUAAAAUACAUAUAAUAUAUAUAUAAAUAUUAAAAAAAUAAGAAAAUAUGCCGUCGGACGCUAAGAAACGUGAUGCGCAACGCAAAAAGGAUGCACGCAACAAGAAGAUCCAACAAAUACCGUCAACGAAGAAGACAAAUGGCGUGGAGCCCGAACUGACCGAGGAGGAGAAGCUGUGCGCCAAGUUGGAGGAGGAGGCACGCAUUAGCGCCGAGGCGCGCUCCUGCACCGGCUCACUGGCUGUGCAUCCAAGGUCGCGUGAUGUUAAGAUUGCCAAUUUUUCGAUAACCUUCUUUGGCUCGGAGCUGCUGCAGGACACCAUGCUCGAGUUGAACUGUGGGCGUCGCUAUGGUGUGAUUGGCUACAAUGGUUGCGGCAAAUCGUCGCUGCUUGCGGUGCUGGGUAAUCGUGAAGUCCCCAUACCAUCACACAUUGAUAUAUUCCAUUUGACGCGCGAAAUUCCGGCGAGCUCGAAGAGUGCGCUGCAGUGCGUCAUGGAGGUGGAUGAGGAGCGCAUCAAGCUGGAGAAACUGGCUGAAGAGCUGGCCAUGAGUGAAGAGGAUGAUGCACAGGAGCAGCUAAUGGAUGUCUAUGAGCGUUUGGACGAUAUGUCUGCCGAUCAGGCUGAGGCUAAGGCGGCGCGUAUUCUAAACGGUCUGGGCUUCGAUAAGGCCAUGCAACACAAACAAGCCAAGGAUUUCUCAGGUGGUUGGCGAAUGCGCAUUGCUUUGGCACGUGCUCUGUUUGUCAAGCCGCAUCUGCUGCUGCUGGAUGAGCCUACAAAUCACUUGGAUCUGGAUGCCUGUGUCUGGCUGGAAGAGGAGCUGAAGACAUAUAAGCGCAUCCUUGUGCUCAUUUCGCAUUCACAGGAUUUCCUCAACGGCGUCUGCACAAACAUUAUCCAUUUGACCAACAAGCGCUUGAAAUACUAUACGGGCAACUAUGAAGCCUUUGUUCGCACACGCACGGAGCUGCAGGAGAAUCAAACCAAGCAGUACAACUGGGAACAGGAUCAAAUUGCACAUAUGAAGAACUACAUUGCGCGCUUUGGUCACGGCUCAGCGAAACUGGCGCGUCAGGCACAGUCCAAGGAGAAGACGCUCGCCAAAAUGGUUGCCAAUGGACUUACCGAGAAGGUAUCGGAUGACAAGAAUCUGAAUUUCUACUUCCCCUCAUGUGGCAAGGUGCCACCGCCAGUCAUUAUGGUUCAGAAUGUGCACUUCCGCUACAACGAUGAGACGCCUUGGAUUUAUAAAAAUCUAGAGUUCGGCAUCGAUCUGGACACACGUCUGGCGCUUGUGGGUCCCAAUGGUGCUGGCAAAUCGACGCUGUUGAAGCUGCUCUAUGGCGAUCUGGUUCCCACAUCGGGCAUGAUACGCAAGAACUCACAUCUGCGCAUCGCUCGCUACCAUCAGCAUUUGCAUGAGCUGCUUGACUUGGAUGCCAGUCCGCUGGAGUACAUGAUGCGCGCUUUUCCCGAAGUCAAGGAGAAGGAGGAGAUGCGCAAGAUCAUUGGACGUUAUGGUCUAACGGGUCGCCAGCAGGUCUGUCCCAUACGCCAGCUAUCAGAUGGCCAGCGGUGUCGUGUUGUCUUUGCCUGGCUGGCAUGGCAAGUGCCGCAUUUGCUGCUGCUUGACGAACCUACCAAUCACUUGGAUAUGGAGACCAUUGAUGCGCUGGCGCUGGCCAUCAACGAUUUCGAUGGUGGCAUGGUGCUAGUUAGCCAUGAUUUCCGUCUAAUUAAUCAGGUGGCUGAAGAGAUUUGGGUAUGCGAGAAGGAAACGGUGACCAAGUGGAAGGGCGGCAUUUUGGACUACAAGGAUCACUUGAAGAACAAGAUUACCUCGGAGAAUGAGAAAAAGGCCAAGGCGGCCAAGUAGAUAGAAGCAUACACACACACACACACAUCGACACACACAACAAUCAGACAAGUCAAUACAGUUAAAGUUACAGGCAUAGGCAUUGCUUCUCUACUAUUAUACUGUCUCUCUCUCUUUCGCUGUCCAUACGAGUUGUCUAUCUCUGUCCCUCGCUGCUACUGCGCUAAGUUUACACUACGCUAUAGUGAAGUCAUGUAAACAACAAGAAAACAACAACAACAAAUAAAACUCCACCACUCUCUCUCACACAACACAAACACACAAAUUUUUA